AUGGGAGACCCCUUGGGCGGCCGGAGCAGCCCCGCGGGGCCGGACCAGGACGGGAGUUCCCCCGUGCGCAUCUCCAACAGCUUCACCCGCCCCACCGGGAAAAGCAUCUACAACCAGCGCAAGGGCUACGGCCAGAGCCUGCUCCAGCCCCAGAGCCGCUUCCAGCACCGGGUGGAGCACCUGCUGACUGCGCGGCUGGAGCGGGACCUGCGCAGCGCUGGGGACUGCGUUGAGCGGCUGCGGGCGCUGGAGGCGCAGGGCAGGCUCUGGGCGCAGGACCUCAUCCUGCUCGUCCGGGACCAGCGGCUGGUGCUGAGCGACGUGGAGAGCAAGGAGGAGCUGGAUGCCUACGGCCUGGGCAGCAUCCAGGGAUGCGCUGUGGCCGCUCCGGGCAUCGGCAGCGCCGGCUCCGUGCUCGCCAUCACCGUGCGGGACCGGAGCCCCCCCGGCACCAGCGUCCUGCUCUUCCAAUGCAGCCCCACGGGGGCAGAGGCUCUGAGGAGCAGCCUGGAGGAGCUGGUGAAGCAGUGCAAGGAGGAGCAGAGCAGCCCCCAUGGGCACAGGAGCAGCCAAACCCCCCCGUAUGCACAGGGCCCCCCCCCGGCCCCAGAGCAAUGGGCAGAGCCCCCUGAGCACGAUGCUCUCAUGUCCAAGCAGCACGGGCUGGACCACGGGCUGAUGGGCACCCAGCCCCCCCCAUGGACCAGCCCCUCGAGCCCGCUGAUGUCCGAGGUGGACCGGGAUGCUGAGGUUCUGAACCAUGUGCUGAGCGACCUGGAGCUCUUCAUAACGCGGGUGCAGGCGGCGCUGGGCAUGGACGGCAUCCCCGACCUGAGGAAGAGGAAGAAGAAGAAGAAGAACAAAGCCCUGCCCCCCGUGAGUGACUACAGAGACUUCUUCCAGAAGGUGAAAUACGCCCUUAACCUCCUGGCUCGGACCCGGCAGCACCUGCAGGAGCCGGACCCACAGGAGCUGCUCGGGCUCCUCUUCAGCGCCCUCUCCUUUGUCCUGGCCCAUUGCCCUGAUCCCGGCCUGGCCCCAUCGGUGGAGGCUCCGCUGCUGCUGCCCGAAGCCAUAGAGCUGCUGGAGGGGAGCCUGGAUCGGGAUAACUUCCACACCUGGAAGAGCCUGGGCACGGCCUGGACCAGCACCAGGGCUGAGCACCCCAACAGCGCCCUGGUGCCCCGCUACAUCCCCGUGUUCUCGGACGGGUGGAUGCCCCCCCCCAUGGAGCAGGUGCAGCAUGGACGGGACCAGGACACCCCAUUGCCUGCAUCCGAGGCCCCAUCGCCCGCCCCACAUGCGCCCUUCUCCCUGCUCAACGCAGAGCCACCGGGUGCCCCCCACAGGGACAAUCCUGCCCCAGCGGCCCCCCCCGCCGGGCAGGGGUUGGUCCGAGCCCUGUAUGGGUUCCAGGGCAGGAACCCGCAGGAGCUCAGCAUCAGGAUGGGGGACACGCUGCAGGUCCUGGACCGGCAGAGGAGGUGGUGGUUGGUGCGGGACCACCGGGGGGGGCAGGGCUUUGUCCCCAGCAACAUCCUGGAGCCCCUAUGGGGGGGGCACGGGCAGAGCAGCCCCCCCAGCCUGAACCCCGACUCCCCCCCCCCCGAGGUCACGGCCUGGCUGCAGGACAGGGGCUUCUCCCGGAUCACCGUUCGCUGCCUGGGGACGCUGUCGGGGCAGCAGCUCCUGCGCAUGCGCGCUGCCGACCUCCGCUCCGUCUGCCCCGAGGAGUGGCGGCGGCUCCACGUGAAGCUGUGCGCGGCGCGCGCGGGGCUGGGGCUGGACCCCGUGGACUGA